UGGCGUCCACUACUACAGUGAUUCACGACCCUUCGGGAGAUAUCGACCUUUCUAUCUACACAGAGGAAGAAAGAAUAGCAAUUCUAUCUGUAUUAGAAAAAGCGAAGUCUUUUCAAAAGGAGGAGGAAAAUAAGUUUAGGCAACCAAUGGAAGGUCAGUUGAGUAAAUGGACCAAUUAUGUUAAAGGUUGGCAAUACAGAUGGUUUACCAUAGACCCUGAUACUGGAGUAUUAGACUAUUAUGUGGAUAAAGAAAAGAAAAAACAAGGACCAAGAGGGUCUGUCAACCUGGCUGGUGCUGUGGUGUCCCCCAGUGAUGAAGACUCUUUCACAUUUAGCGUCAAUGCUGUGAAUGGGGAUAUCUUUAAGCUUAGAGCUAACGAUGCAAAACAGAGACAACAUUGGAUUAAUACCCUCCGGAGUGUGGCAGAGUUUCAUGCUCGUAACAUGGCGCAGGUCGCUGAAGUACAAAACGAAAAUCUCCAAACAGUGAAUCUAGAGCCUUUGGACAAAUCAAAAACAAGCAAACCCACCCCUCCCAGUGAAGAAGCAAAGCGUAGUCCAGACAUGAGGCACUUCAGGUCUCACCGAAGCCAAAGCUCGGCUCGUUCUCAGAGUAAAACAGAUAAAGCAAGUAGCGGUGGAGAUGAAAAGAUGUCUUGCUGUGAAAGGGCUUUAGAGAACAUGGAUACGGCGUUGGUAUCUCAAGUACCUUUGGAUGAUGAAGAGGAAGAUAAGGUGGUCUACAGCACAGGAGAGGAGCCUGAUAACCAAAGCGUAGAAGAACAUAAAAGCGUUAUUCUACAUCUGAUGUCCCAACUGAAACUUGGCAUGGAUCUAACAAAGGUUGUCCUCCCCACAUUCAUAUUAGAGCCGCGGUCUUUACUAGAGAUGUAUGCAGAUUUCUUCGCUCAUCCUGAUUUAUUUAUCAGUAUACCUGACGGUGUCACAGCAGAAGACAGGAUGUUGGCAGUUUUAAAAUUCUUUUUGACUUCAUUCCAUGUGGGAAGAAAGGGUGCUCUUGCCAAGAAACCGUACAAUCCAAUCUUAGGUGAAACAUUCAGUUGCUCCUGGGACGUGCGAGAGGCGUGUAGUACAGGAGUUGAAAGAAAUCCAUUGAACACAGCUAACGACGUCUCAGCCAGUGAAGAUGAUCGAACGGUCAGGUUUUUUGCGGAACAGGUAUCCCAUCAUCCACCAGUGUCUGGUUUCUACGCCGAGUGUCCGCACAAGAAAAUAUGUUUCAAUGCUCAUUUAUGGACGAAGUCGAAAUUUUAUGGCAUGUCAAUCGGAGUAAACAAUAUUGGGGAAGCUGUGAUAUCGUUGAUAGACAAAGGCGAGGACUAUCAUUUCACCUUCCCUAAUGCUUACGGCAGGUCAAUUCUGACAUUCCCUUGGGUAGAACUUGGUGGCAAGGUUCACAUAACGUGUGCAAAAACAGGCUAUAACUCGUCAGUUACCUUCCACACGAAGCCCUUCUAUGGCGGCAAAUUGCAUCGUAUAACAGGAGAAGUUAAGAACACAGCGACAGGAAAAGUCAUCUGUAAAGUGAACGGCGAGUGGAACGGCAAAAUAGAAUUUACGUACACCAGUAACCAGGAGACGCCUUCGGCGAUUGACACAAAAACCCUCAAAAUCUUCCACAAGAGAGUGCGACCUGUUUCCAAACAAGAGAGCUACGAGUCUAGAAAGUUGUGGAAAACUGUGACGGAUUCAUUGAAAUCGAGAAACAUUAAAGCAUGUACUGAAGCUAAACACCUGUUAGAAGAAAGACAAAGAAGAGAAGCAAGAGAAAGAGCAGAGUCUGGGGAGGAGUGGAAAACAAAGAUUUUUCAUCGUCAUGGCGACGGGUGGCGGUUCAACAAUCAUUUAUCGUUACGAGAGUCAGAAAGUAGUGAGUCAACCGACGCCAAGAGUUGAGACAAAAAAUGAUGUAGUUUUUAGGGACUAUGAUAAACUUAUCUUGGGAAUGAGUCAUUCCUAGAGACUGUAAAAGCAAAAAAUGCUGAUAAACGUUCGAAGGAAGAAGAGAAAAAAAUCAAUAUUUUUUGCAGAGUUCGAUAAUUCAAUAUGGCGGCUCUGACGUCACACGCACGCGCAGAAUACAUAAACUAAUUAUCUAAACACGUUAAUAAUCAGGCACUCUAGCAACACGAAAAAAAAAAUCUAUUGUUCAUAUAAAUUGCAAUUGAUGUCACGAUAUUUCAA